AUGGCAUCCGCGCCGACGUCGCACAAUGAGGUUUCCCAGGAAUUCUCUGUCAACAAACUCAUACGUGUCGGUUAUUACGAAUUGGAAAAGACUAUUGGCAAGGGAAAUUUUGCCGUAGUUAAAAUGGCCACCCACGUCGUGACAAAAUCUAAGGUUGCUAUUAAAAUAAUAGAUAAAACUAAACUAAAUGAAGAAAACUUAGCAAAAAUUUUUCGUGAAGUGCAUAUAAUGAAAAGGUUACGACAUCCACAUAUUAUAAGACUAUAUCAAGUAAUGGAAACGGAGAAAAUGAUAUAUUUAGUAACAGAAUAUGCUCCUGGAGGUGAAAUAUUUGAUCAUCUUGUUCGAAAUGGUAGAAUGCCAGAACCAGAAGCACGACGAAUUUUUCGUCAGAUUGUACUUGCCGUUCGUUAUCUGCAUCAACAAAGGGUGGUUCAUCGAGAUCUUAAGGCUGAAAACUUAUUACUUGAUGCAGACAAUAAUAUAAAACUUGCUGAUUUUGGAUUUAGUAAUGAAUAUACACCUGGUGUUCCAUUGAAUACAUGGUGUGGCUCACCACCAUAUGCUGCACCUGAAAUUUUUGAGGGAAAACAUUACGAUGGUCCAAGAGCUGAUGUAUGGAGCCUUGGUGUUGUCUUGUAUGUAUUAGUUUGUGGUGCUCUACCAUUUGAUGGACCUACAAUGCAGUUGUUAAGAUCAGUAGUUGUCUCAGGGAAAUUCAGAAUACCAUUUUUUAUGUCUGCAGAUUGCGAAAAAUUGAUCAGACACAUGUUAGUAGUAGAACCAGAGCGGCGUUUAAGUAUUUCACAAAUAUUAACACAUUCAUGGAUGUGUGGAAAUGGAAUCGUGGAGUUAGAACCUGGAGGAUGUAGUCCUGACGUAGCACCCCAAUUAAAUCAAUUAGUGAUAGAGAAUAUGUUAAGAUUGCCUGGACUCAGCGCAGAUACAUUGUUACAAGCCAUCAAAGGAAACACUUUUGAUCAUGUGUCAGCUAUAUACAAUUUACUCGUUGAUCGAUUAGAACCAACAAUGCCUAAUUUACCCAAUAUCCAAAAUAUAUCGGGUGAUUAUUUGCCAGAUGGUGCACAUCAAUUGGAGAAGUUUGGGGAAACCGAAGCAGAAACAGAAGAGAAAAGUGGUCUUUAUUUGCCUUCUGGAACGCCUUAUCAUACAACAAGAAGACAUACAGUUGGACCUGGUGAUGCAGUGCAUCAGUCUCCUACAUCAUAUCCCUAUAAUCAUAUGUCAGGAUAUCAAACUUUACGACCUCUUCCUAUUCUUCAUUCUAAUAUGGAUCCUCAAGUUUUGCCACAUACAAAUUUACCAUUAAAUCUUCCCUUAGUUCAACACCAACCACCUCAAAAUUUUCAAAUAAAAGAUCAGCAUUUACUGAAGCCGCCUCCUGUAAUGGGUGCCACAGGAAGUUUUGGCAGAAGAGCUUCAGAUGGUGGAGCAAAUCUUCACAUAUUUCAUCAACAGCAUAGUAAUAAUAUUAACAAUGAUGAAGAAAGUGGUUGGAGUCAACCUGGUAGCAGGGAACAAUUACAAUCUUUACAGAGUGGCAGUUCAGGAUUAGUACAAUGUGCCCAGUCAUUAAGUAUUGGUGUUAGUACUACAAGUGGAGAAGGGAGCAGUAAUAACAAUAGUAGUAAUAAUGGAAAUAGCGAUAGAAGAAGAAGAAGUGGUCUUAGCACUGUUAUGCAGCGGCCAGUUAUAAACCCGGAACUGGUAAUGGAGGUAGAAGCUAGGAUGAAUAGAGCUUAUCUACCAUCGCGAUUGUUACCAACUCAUCUUAGAGGAUCAACACUUCCACACCACAGGAAAUCUUCAUUAUAUCACACUAGUACUGUGAAUAAUAGGGAUUCAUAUAAGGAGCCAAGCAGUCAUGUUGUUACUGAAAGAUACUCACCUGUCCGUCGGGCAUCAGAAGGAUCGGGUGCUCCCGGACCAGGUAUCCAAGCUCUUCAACAAGAGUAUCAACAGUUACAAAGAUUGGCAUCACCUUCACAUAGCCCUGCAAGUAUUCCUGGAUCUCCUGUACAUGAAAGAGGUGUAGCAGCAAUUACGCAAGGUCUCAGUGGUCUAUCUACGACGCCAGUCGGUGUGCAGGGUAGUAUUGUACACGGUACACCGGCACAACCACCGGCAACACCUUUAGAUCUAAGUCCACUUAGACAUCAUAGAUCACCUGCUACUACUCCUGUGAGUUAUUCCCCUAGUAAUAGCCCAGCAUUGGAUAUGAUACAAGAAGAACAUCCUGUAGAAAUACCAAGGGUACCACCACAAAUUUCAGUGACAGAUGUUCUUGGAGGACAAGUAACGAUAAUUAAUUGUUCACCUUCUCCGUCUCCAUCACCUGACUCGCUCGAAGACGCGUUACCUCAUUAUAACACUCUUCCGAGUUUUAUUAUUUCAGAGCCAUGCGAUCCUUUGAGACCCAGUAUCACACGCGGUAUUGGUAGGCCACUUACUAAUACAAUACCUACCGAAGUCGAAGUUACUUUGUCCGAUGAAUCGAGCAGAUUAAAUUCUGAAGCUAUAUUAGGUCGUGUCAAACAAAUAAUAGAUGCAAGAGCGCCACCAAAAGGUUUUAUAUUUUCAACGGAAGAAGUAGAAGGUAGUGGACUUAGCUUAGAAUAUCCAGGUGGCGUACAAAUUGAACUUAGAGUAUGUGAAUCGGAAGAAAGAGAAGUGAAAGGAAUAAAAAUGCGUAGGAUUAGCGGGGACCAAUUGCAAUACAGUCAACUUUGUCAGCAAUUGAUUUCAUGUAUUACUGUUUGACGACAACUAACAAAUAAUGUAACAUUUUUUUAUACAUUACGUUACAUUCCUAGUGUAACAUACACUGUUUAUCACUAUUUCAGUAUUGCACAUACGCGUUGCAUACAUAAUGUUGCAUACACAAACGGUAUUUUAAAAUUGCCAUCCUUCAUAUAUAUAAUAACAUUAUU